AUGUUGCCAUAUAGGGGUGCAAAGUUUCUGUUCAAAAAAUUGUUUGGGCAGUACUUUCAGUAUGAUUUGGAAAAGGAUCAGUUUGAUAUUGGUUUCAAAAAGGGUACUAUCAACUUGUCCAACCUCGAACUCAAUAUUCGUCGAAUCAACCAAGAUUUGGGACAUUUGCCACUGUCGUUGGCAUCGGGAUUCAUAGGCAACAUUUUCACAAAGGUCCCUUACACUUCACUAUGGGAGAGCAACAGUGAAUUCACAAUCAAAGAUUUAGAAUUAACUUUUGUUUCAUCAAUCAAUUAUGAAAAGAUUAUAUUACCAAAGAUUAAUGAAUUACAUGAUGGAGCUAAUCAUUCAAUGAAUCAUUCGGGUGAAGAUGGAGAUUCAUUUAUACCGCAGUAUUAUUCCGAUGAAGAUGAGGAUGUGGACAAUAACACGGAUCAAAACAAUCAUUUUGGAAUGGAGGGGUUAGAGGCAUUGCUAGAAAUGAUCAAAAAGAUUGUGGACAAGGUAUCGGCAAAGAUUUCAAAUUGUACCAUUUCCAUUAAUCACUAUUCCAAAGAUUUAAACAAAUCUAUCAUCCUUUUGUUUACAAUCGAUCAAAUUGAAUAUUGUGAUGAUGAAGUUGCAAAUAAUACUUUGGGAAAGAAUAGCAACAACAACAACAACAACAACAACAACAACAACAACAACAACAAUACUACUGGAGAUUAUUUUUAUAAAAAGAUUAAAUUAAAUAAUCUAGUUAUACGAAUAGCUCAGGUCGAAGGAAAUAUAUUAAAUCAUAAUGGGUUCAUAACAUCUUCAAUAUUUACAAUAGUCAAACCAAAUCAAUUUCAAACAAUAUUCACCAAUCGACCAAUUUCACCAAAUAUUAAUAGUAACAACAAUAAUAACAGUAAUAAUAAUAAUAAUAAUAAUAAUAAUAAUACGCCUAUCGAUCAAAAUGAUUAUGUACAGUUAAAAAUCAAAAGAAACGAAAGAAACAAUAAUAUCCCAUUUUUAAGUACCGAAUUUAACUUUAAGGAUUGGAUAGUAUUAUUAUCACCGACUCAACUUUAUAUGAUUAAACAUUUUAUUGAAAUCCUUAAUAUCGACAAUAACCAUUCCAACAGUAAUAAUCAAUCAUCCACUACGACGACGACGACGACGACAACAACAAAACAAACAGCAGUAUCUUUUGAUGAAAAGAUAAAUAAUGUAUUAAAGAAUAGUAGUAGUAAUAAUAGUAAUAGUUUAAACAAAUCAACAUCGUCAAUUUCACAACAACAGGCCAAAUCACCUCCAACUUUGGCACAAGAAUCAUCUUCAUCAUCGUUAAAAGGAUCGUCAUCAUCAUCGUCACAACAAUCUCAGAUGAAAUGUAGUUUCCAUUGGAGUCAAUUAAAGAUAUUCCUUUUUAGUCAGGAUUACGAAAAUAAUCUAUACAAUGAAUUCUUAAAGCAACAUCAUUAUGGAUCGGCAAACUUCUUUUUACUCUAUUUACAGGAUCUUCACAUUGGUUAUUCUCGAUUUAAUCAGUCCAAACAAUAUACCUUCAAUAUUGGAAAGUUUAACUUUUCUCAAAAUAUUGAAUCGAAUCCAAAGAAUUCAAAUUUAGAAUCAUCAUUGGAAAAUGAUUUAAAUAAUAUGAUUCAUCCAAAUUUAUAUACAAUUAUACAAUUUCAUGAUAAUAUCAAUUAUUUAGAAAAGAAUGAUAUAUCAUCAAAAAUUAUUUUUCAUUAUCAAAAUGAAAAAUGCUAUGAUAAAGAAAUUAAUAUACAAUUAAAGGAUAUAUCUAUUUAUUUUUACCCAUUUUUAUUACAAUCAAUGAAUUCAUUUUGGAAACAAAUAGAAGGACUAUUUGAGAAUCACCCAAACAAACUAAUGGAGAUGAAGAAAACAGAUAGUUCAAGCCCAAUCAUUGCCUCCUCUUCUUCCUAUCAUGAAAUAUUGACAGAGAUUAAAAAUACUGGAUUUUUAUUAAACGAUCACAGUCUUUCUACUCCAUUCAAUACACCUCAUGACCAUACCAAUACACUAAUCGAUGAUAUGGAAUCAACAUCAACAAGAUUACAAAUUUCAACUCCACACAUUAAAUUUCAUAUCAAAUUCCCUGAUAUCGAUCAAUUAUUACCAAAUAAUUUUAUUAAUGUACAACAAUUAAGAAAAGAAAUAGUUACUAUAAAUAUUUCAAAUGUAAAGAUUGUUUCCAAUAUGAUAAAAGAUAUCAAGGAUUUGAAAUGGUUGAUUGAUUUUGAUGAAAUCAAUAGUAAUUUAAUCAAUGAAAUGAAUGAUACUGUUAGAUUUUUGGAUAUUGUUGUACGUGAUCAAACCGAUGCCAACUUUGGGUGUGGAGGAAUCACUCCUUUAGAAAUAACGAUAAAAGGAGACGUAGGUGGAGCAUUCUCCAACUAUGACAUUGAUCUCAAUUCACCUCAAUUGCAUUCUCGCAAGUCACCUAAUAUCCAUUCCUCCUCUUCCAAUCAUAUCAAUACACCUCCAUCUCCCAAUCAACAUUUCAACCCAUUCGAAUCGAUCAACACCCAAAGAGAAACAAAAAGAAAAGGUCCAUUUUCACAUUUUGUUUCAAUGUCUGAAGGAAAUAUAUUUAAUAAUGAUUGGUUAGAUGAAGCUGAACAAGAUGAAUUAACAAUGUUUAGACAUUCUUCUAUAGAAUCUUCUAAAAAUAUGAUUAAUAUUAUAAUACCAAGAUUUAAAAUUGAAAUGAAAAAGGAUGAUUUAAUAUUAUUACAUCAAUUAUUUGAUUCUUUAUCAAAAUUUUUAAAGGAUUUUAAUAAUGGACAACAAGAAGAUCAAGGGAAACAGAAAAUAGAAGAGGAGGAACAAAAACAAGAAGAAGAAGAACCAUUAUCAGAAGUGAAAAAGAGUAGUAAAUCAUUCUUGUCGUUAUUAUUAAUUGUCAAUCAAGGAACAAUUAGUUUGGUUGAAAGUGAAGAUACAAAAUCAAGCUAUUACAAUUAUGUCAUUGACUUUAGUCAACUCGACCUUUAUACAGUUUCAAAUUAUUUUGGUCGUGAUAUUCAUUUUGUAAAUGGCAGUAUCAAUCAAUUUUCACUUAAAGAAUCUGAUCUAUCAAAAGAUCAUCUAAAACCUAGAACUUUAAUUACUAGAACUUUAAAUACUCAAAAGUUUAUUGUUAAACCUUCAUUUGUAAUUAAUUUAUCAAUGAAUAAUGAAGGAAAUACUGGAUUUUUGGAUGAUAUUUUAGAAGAACCAUUAUUAUAUAUUGGAUUGAGAGGAAUUACACUCGAACAUCGAUUACAAUCAGUAUGGUAUUCAAGAUUGGUCAAUUUCUUUAGUCUCGAUGAAAAGGAUGAAAAGGAAUCAUCUUUGUCAGAUGUUCAAGAGACUACUAAACCACAAGUUGGUUUGGAAAAGAAACGACCAUUGAAAAAAUUAUUCAAUUUAAUGGAUUGUUCCAUAACCUAUGUUCCUUCAUCAAACUUAACGUCGGCUGGUGUUUUAUUGUUUACAGACACCAAGUUUAUCACUCGUGGUAGUGAUGAUAUAUCUUGUAAUGGAAAGAAUACUCAUCUCUAUGUAGUUGGGGAUGUCCAACAGUUAAAAGAACAUACCCUAAUGUCACAUUCAUCCAUUUCCACUUUUUGGAAAAAUAUUGGUUUUGAACAAUCAAUCUAUUUGGAUUAUUAUGAAAUGCAAAUUUUAAUGGAUCCUAAUCUUUUCCCUUCAUUUUCAUUAAACUUUAAUCAAAGUAAUGUAUCAAUUACAGUUUGUAGUGAUUCAUUUUUUACAUUGAAUGAAUUGAUUAGUAAUUUGUUUGGAUUGGAUAUUCCAUAUCAAGAGGUGGCAGAUUUAAUUAUAUCUCAAGGUAUUGCAAUGGAUCUCAAAGAUAAUAUCGAUAUAUUGGUCAAUGAGGAUAUGCUCAAAAACUCGCCAUACACAACCGGUCUCAACUCUUAUGCAACCACCAACAAUAAUUACAACUUUACCAACUCUUCUUCAACUAUUUCUCCCAGUCCUUCGCCCUUGGUCAACUCGUUUUCCAACACUCCCUCUCUUGAAUUUGAGGAUUUUGAAGAGGACCCUUCCAUCUAUUACAAUGAAGGGUUUUCAGAGGAUGAAGAGGAGGAAACUUUUCACGAAUACCAUUCACCACCUCUUUCACAAAACGAAGCAUCUAGUAGACUAUCAGAUAGUACCAGUAGUCUUUUAGAUUUUGGUUCAAAUGACAUUACACAUGAAACUUCAUCUCAAACGAGUUUACCAUUUAUUGGUAGUGUUGUCAUUGAAGAUUAUGAUCAUCAACAACAACCAAUUAUCUCUACUACUUCUACUACUACUACCACAAACAACAACAAUAAUAAUAAUAAUAAUAGUCAAGAAUAUAUGGAUCAACAACCAAAUAAUGAUAAUCAAGAAUUAAGUUUCUAUGUAGACUUGGAUCAAAUGUCUGAAAAGGAGUCAUCUGAUAAUUAUCCUCCAUCUCCUACUCCCCCGUUCACAUCUAUUCACAAAACAGAAGGAAGUACUAUUUGGUUUGACCCUCGUUUAAAAACAAUUGAACCAAUUGAAAAUUAUAUUACAACUCCUGCCGAGGAUCCAGAAGAUUGUGAUUUACCUUCAAAUUAUCCAAAAUCAGUUGAUAGAUUUUUAAUUCGAAAGAUUAAUAUAUCUUUGAUGAUUUAUAAAGGAAGUGAUUGGGAAAUUAAAGAAACUAUCCCAUCAUCAAGUAAAACAAAUAACACUAAUAGCGGUAAUAGUAAAUGUAGAGAAACGAAUUCAUUUGUUGAAUUUAUCAUUUCAGAUUUUAAUCUUAGAAUUGAUAAAUUUGAAGAAUCUGAAAUGUUUAGUAAACGUUUAUCAAUUCAAAUUUUAGAUUUUACUAUUAUUGACCAUAUACCAACAUCAGUAUGGAAUAAAUUCUUGUGCUCUGAUACAAAUAUUACAAGAUAUCAAAAAACUCCAAUGAUCAAGAUUCUAAUGGAAACGAUUAGACCAGAUUUAAAUCGACCACUUUUACAAGAAAAUCGAUUAAAAGUUUUAAUAUUGCCAUUGUGCUUUAAUAUUGAUCAGGAUACGAUUAUGUUUAUUGCCAACUUUUUCACUUUCAAACCACCAGGUGCUCCAAACAAACAAACAUCGUCAUCGGGUAGUUCACCCGGUAGCCUCGAGUCAUCACCUUUGAAUGCCAAGUCACAUCGUGGCAAAAAGGUUGGUGCCUCUACCAGAUCAAUUCCAGAAGACAAGGCACAGACCACUGAAAAGGAGGCACAGGAAAUGACUUACUUUCAGUCGUGUGAAAUUGCACCUAUUCGACUCAAGGUUGACUACAAGCCCAAAAAGAUUGAUUACCACAGCCUGACCAGUGGUAAUUAUGUCGAGUUGCUCAAUCUAUUGCCUUUGGAAGGCGCCACAUUUAACCUGAAUCGAUUAAAGUUGGUUGGUGUUGCCGGAUGGAGUAGUCUUUUGAACCAGAUUGGCAAGAAUUGGGCACUUCACAUAUUCCACACACAGUUGAUGGGAUAUGUCAGUGGUGUUCGUGGUAUCAACUCUUUGGUUCAUGUUGGAGAGAGUUUGGCCAACCUCGUCGUACUUCCUCUCGAACAAUACAAAAAAGAUGGCAAGGUAUUAAAAGGUCUUAAAAAGGGAACAACCAACUUUUUAAAGAAUCUUACUCUUGAAUCAUUGGCAUUGGGUGCUAAAUUUGCAAUUGGAACUCAAAGUUUAUUAGAGACUGCCGAUACUGUACUUUCAUCUAAAAAGAAAGAUCAAAAUGCAUCUGAUAGUCAACAACAGCAGCAACAACAACAAGCUCAAAACACUCCACCUCUUCAACAAACACCACCACAACCAAGAUUAAAAUCUUCCUCUUCCUCUUCUUCAUUGAAUAAUUAUUAUAUUGGUGGUGGUAGUGGUAGUGGUAUUGGUACCAACAACAUGGGUGGUUCUGGUGGUAGUAGUAAAUUAUCAGAUCAACCAGUUGACACUAAAGAAGGUAUUCAACAUGCCUAUGAAAGUGUAUCAAGAGAGAUUAAAUCUGCUGCUCACACCAUCAUUGCCAUUCCAAUGCAAGAGUAUACCCAAAAAGGACCAAAGGGUUAUGUAAAGUCAAUGGUUAAAGCAGUUCCAAUUGCUAUCAUUCGUCCUAUGAUUGGUAUCACUGAAGGUACUGUCAAAACACUCCUCGGCAUUAGAAAUCAAAUUGAACCACUCAAAAAAGCAGAGACUGAUGCAAAAUAUAAAAAAGUAAACAAAUAA